AUGGGAGCCAAGAACAAUGAAAGUAUUGAUCUCCUGUCCGUCUUUCUGACUGGAAUCCCAGGAUUGGAGCCCCACCAUGGCUGGCUUUCCAUCCCCUUCUUCAUCAUGUAUAUUGUGGCCAUUGUGGGCAACAGCCUAAUCAUGGCAGCAGUGCAGGUAGAUUCUGCCCUACAUGAGCCCAUGUACCUGUUUCUCUCCAUGUUGGCUGUGACUGAGGUGGGUGUUUCUGUGUCUACACUGCCCACUGUCAUGGGAAUUCUUUGGUUUGACGCCCGCCAGGUUGACUUUGAUGGCUGCCUGUCUCAGAUGUUCUUCAUUCACACUUUCUCCUGCAUGGAGUCAGGGGUCCUCUUGGCCAUGAGUUAUGACCGCUUUGUAGCCAUCUACAACCCACUGCGUUAUACAGCCAUACUGACCCAGCCCCGCAUCAUCUGCAUGGGUCUGGGCAUUACACUGAAGAGUGUGAUACUCAUGGCUCCCCUUCCAAUCCUUUUGAAGCAACUGCCCUAUUGCCACACUAACAUCCUCUCCCACUCCUACUGCCUCCACUCAGACCUGAUCCAGCUGCCAUGUGCUGAUACGAAGUUCAAUAGCAUCCUGGGCUUGGCCAUUGUCCUGGCCACUUUUGGGCUAGACUCACUGCUCAUUGUGGUCUCUUACAUACUGAUUCUUUAUACAGUGCUGGGCAUUGCUUCUGGGGAGGGACGUCGGAAGGCUCUCAACACAUGUGUGUCACACAUCUGUGCAGUGCUUGUGUACUAUGUGCCGAUGAUUGGUGUGUCUGUGAUGCAUCGCGCGGCUAAACAUGCCUCACCCCUGGUCCACACACUCAUGUCUAGCAUCUACCUCUUUGUGCCUCCUGUGCUCAACCCCAUCAUCUAUAGUGUCAAGACCAAGUCAAUCCGACAGGGAAUUGCCACCCUGUUUUCCUGCAAGAGAGAAUUGCUCUGA